AAUGUACUCAGAAUAUAAAUAAAGUCUAGUCACAGUAUAUACUCAGUAUAAACUAUAAAUGUUAAUAUAAAAUGGCUCGACUGACGUUAUGGCUUAUCGUUCUUGCAAUAGAAAGUUCCAUUGCAUCAAAACAUCGAAGCGUCAAUCUGGCUUUGGAAACUGUCGUUGAAUUCGACAAGCUCGAUGACGUGAAGGUCGUCAACAGAGUCCAGGAUUUCCUGACAAGAGUACAAAGUUUAUUGAACAAAAAUCACAGAAGCGAUCUGUCUACUCGGAGGAAGAAUCUAUACCAAUUCUCUGAUUUUUUAGAAGACGUUAUCAUAGAAGUACAGUCGUUGGACGACGAUGAUUUAUUGGAAAUAUUCAAUAUCGUCAAAAAAAAUGUCGAGAAACGCAAAAAAAAUGACAUCCUGGACGACAACGGGAGGAGAUAUUUAUCUGGCAAGUUAUCGGUAUUGAGACAGCGGCCGACUGUUGAAAUACGCAGCGAUUUAGACGAGCUGUUAAGAGAGUUGAGGAACGAUAGGCAAAGUAAAAGCAACUACAUACUCGGCUUUAUAAACACACUCUACGAACGUGACGCACAAAACAAACUUAAGAAAUUUGUUAAGAGAUUGAACAUAUUCAGGCGGAGUGCGAGGAAAUCCAAAGUCGACCUGAAGAAUAUCAUCGAAAAGGUUAUCAAUGACGUCAUAUACGAACAUUACAAUAAUUUGGAGGGCGACGAAAGACGCUAUAUAAAGAAAUAUGUGAGAUCAUUCUUUGUAGAGGACGCACCAAAAGACGUUACAACCAAACCUGCCACGGACGAAGAAAAGACCGAAAACGUAAAUACUGACGAGGAAUCAAGCGAAUCCGUAGAACAAGCGGUCGAUGUCAGCCCAUUCGCGGACAACACAAAACAAAACACAAAAACAAACAAUUUGUAUCCAAAAACAUCAAAAGUAACGAGUACCCAGAAACAUAAGUUCAGAACCGGCAUUCCGGUAAGAGAACAUCAAUUGGAAGAGGUAACAGACAAGCCCACAGAAGAAGAUCGCGGCGAGGAGUCUGGACAAACAUUUAAAGCUCAAGACGUCAUCGCUACUCGUGAAAUCUUCGCAAAUCAUUCGCUUGAAAUAAACGUUAACUUAAUGAUAAAAAAACAUAAAGACUCGCAGGAGGAAAACGUGCCCAAUAAGAAUACCUAUAAACACAGACUCUCUCAGAGGGCUUCGACGAAAAAAACAAGAAAAGGCAAAAACCAUCGCACAACUACAGCAGCUCUGUCCGCUGAGACAUUUGGUAGUUUACAUAAAAAAACGACAGAAAAACAUAUCACCAAAAAAAAGUUACGCGCUCCCAAAACUAGGACUACAGCGAAAGAAGCUAUUCUUAGGACGAUGAUGAAUGUUGACACUGACGAAAAAGAUUCAGAGCCACUCUCUGAUGAUAAUCGGCGCAAAAACUUUAAAAAUAUCCACACAGAAGACCACAAGUCGGUUAAAACUACUAUGAAACAGGCGAUCAGACGCGCAAAUAUACCCAUCGAGAGCUAUUACAACGUCACUCUAACUACUAGAGUGAAUAGUGUCAGUGUCCCAACUAUGAGAAAACAUCGCACAACCACGACUUCGCGUCCCGUUGUCACAACUACAGAAGAUACGACUUCAUCACCAACAACUACAGUAACAACAACUACUACAACUACACCUAGCGAUAUAUUCAAUGAAAUACAACACAAAAACGUUACUGACGCAGAAUUAUCCAGCGAAAUCGAUAAUUUAGACGUCAAUCAUCCAGAGGAUACAAAUUUGGCCGAUUCAAACAAAACGGUCGGCAAUGAAACUGAGACUUUCAAUAUUGACGAAUAUUUAAAAAAAUCAGAUUUACGAAACGCCGUAAACGAAGACAAGAUGAAGAACAUAGAGGACACAAUGAGAGAUGAUUUUAAAAUGUUAAUGUCUUCACCCGCCACCACCACCACGGAGGCGUUCACGGAUGUAUUCAAAGAGUUAGAAGAUGCCUUUGAAAUUUGACGAGAAAAAAUUUAAGUUUCAAAAUUUUUCAACAUAAUUUAGCGUCAUUUGUAGAGUGGGAGUUGAGUUUUGGACAUUAAAGACUUAAUGGAAAUAAAACGUACAUCACUAAAUUCAGUCUUUUAUCUUAAUUGGGUUAUCUAUAAAGAAAUAAGAAUUUUAUACUAAAAUUUUUGUAACAAAUAUAUA